AUGGAUGUUAACUCACUUCUUAAUAAGACGUCGUCGGUGCAAGGAGAAGCAGCCACAAGUACGGAGGAACGGGACAUCGUGGGCCAUGGCACCAGUUCGGUGCCGCCGACGACGGAGGCGACAGGAACGACAGAGACGACAGCAAGUCAUCUACCCUCUCCGCGUACUUCGUCCCAAGAGCAAGCCCCUGAACACGGAACGAGAUUACCAUGUCGGAGUAGGACACCAUGGAACGCCGAUGGAUACGCACUCCCACUAACAUUAGACACCACAUCGACUCGAGCGAUAAUACAUCCAACGUCUAAUACUACAUCGCCUGCAGUAUCCGGCAGUCCUAGGUCGCCACGACACAAGUUCUCUGAGAGUCAUAGUAGCCUCUCCUCCACGUCGACUCAAUCAUCCCACUCGAGGAUUUCAUCUACGUCUACGGUUGGUGGAGCUCAACACACUCAGCCCGACCGUGCCGAGCUUACGAUUCCCAAGAUAAUGUCACCAGGUACGAACCAGAAACCAGCAAAUGAAGCAAUCACAUACCCGCCUACAAUCCGUACGGAACUACCGGCCUUGGAUCCAAUAGGAGCCAGCUUACCAUCCGAUACCAUGCUAAUGUCGAAGGGCUGGGUAGCUGUAAACCAGACUGAUAGACGAGACGCAACCAUUACCAGAGAUACUAAGCCCGAUCUUGGCCAUCUCGUUCCUCUUGAUUCUUCCAAAGCACAUAAGAGGGCUAUCUCUGCCCCUGAUUUUAAUGUCACGGAAGGGAUUGAUCGAACCUUUCCUCCCUUCUCUGUCGCAUUUCAACGUCCUUUCUCGCCUCCGCCUCGGGUUAAUCUCCCCCCCUUCGGUCGAUCUCGAUCAGGACACGCCAUGCAGGCGAUGUCCCCUCCAUCAGCCUUCGACAGUCACCUUUCCCAGGAUGGACUGCCUGUCUGUAUGUAUCAGCAGGAUUGCGACACGGGAUCUACACUCCGCAAGGCCAUUUCGCAUAUAUUCGGUAGAAAUAAGACGUGUACGCGAAACAUACCUACGAAAGUUUGGGUUCACUACUGCCGCAAGCAUUACCAACGCAGUCGUUAUCGUAAUGGUCCGGAGUGGGCUGACACCCAAUGUGAGUUGGUACAGAGGCAGAUCCGCCGUGUUCAGGAAUGGAGUGACGAAAAUCAGCGAACUGGACAGCCAGGAGUAGUCAAGGAUUGGUCAUUGUCUAUGAGGAAAAGAGAGAAGACUCGUAUCGAGGAAAAAUCCUUCAAGAAGCGUUCUCAUCGUGAAUAUAAUGAAGACGAAGACGAUGUUAUACCGGACAACGCUGUUUUAAACGGCACCGCCGUGCCUAGUUGGCUACGUGACAGGUGCGGCAGUGGGUAUACCACGGCCGAGAUCGAGGAAAUUGUGGCCCGCAUGAGGAAUGAGAUAAGAGAGAAUUACAGUACCCAGAUUCCCGACAUAGAGAUUCUCCCAAACAUCUCCAUGGACACCUCGAAUGACACGAAUUCCAAGACAUUGACGAGGCAGAAAGAUAGCCCUGUCCAUAAACGCUCUCGGUCGGUUGGCGUCGCUCUUGAGCCCGGGCCACGCCCCAUGAUGCGUCGCGUAAGCCAACCCACGUAUGUCCGACAAGAAGAUACGCUCCUACCUCAUGAUGAAAAACGUCGGCGUAUAUCCAAUACACCUCUAUUAUCCAAUACACCUCUAUAUAGUCCUCCUCAUACAUCUACGAGUUCGAGGCUACCAGAACAUCCUUCUCAGUUAGGACCCAUCCAUCCUCUUCCUCGUCGCCAAGGCUUUGGCAAUAUCCAAGACAACCGUGCCGAGGAGCCAUAUCGCCAUCACGAAAGCACCAGAGCCCUAGAAUCCGGCUACAAUCGUUGGCCUAAUCUGGGUCCUCAGCGGAAUCAAGUUCGGCCGAUAAGCGUAGCACCAGGAAUUAGCGGCCACCAGCGGUCUUUUUCCGAAGCCAGCAGCGUCCAUCCUGGCUUUACUUACCGGCAUUCUGUCAACCACCCUACAACGCCGGCCGCUACAACGCCGGCCGCUACAAUGCCGGUCGUUACAAUGCCGGCCGCCUAUUUCACGGAUCCGACAGCUUACGGUAGAGGCAUAAUACCUCCGGCGCGAUUUCCACCAGUCUUUUAUGAGGGUCUGCCACUACUGAACCAGCCAGGCCCUGGUGCCUAUCCAUCCCCUUUGUCAAAUUUGGGGCCGGGUCCCAUUCUCCUCGAACCCAGUUAUAUACACACGCGUCACCAGAGCACACCAUCAGUUAGCCAUACCAAUACCCCCCAGGGGCCCAUCGGUGGAUAUGAGCUACCCACCAUCUUCCGCCCGCAAGCCUCACACGAGCAAUUAUCUUCACAUCACCACCGUCAACAUUCCUACGCGCAACCUCAUCCGAAUCCUCCUCGCCCUGCAGCCCAAGAAUCUGAUCGGGACAGAGAAAAUUUCAGCGAGCGUCGUUAG